AUGGAAGCUAACAGCUCAGAGGACAUUGAGUCUCUUAUGGAGGACAUGGACUACAUUCCGGGCCAUUUCCACCUGGACCUCAACUUGAACUGCGAUCCGGGGGGGCCUGUGGAGCUGCGGCACAGGGACACGUACCUAAAGCAGGAGAGUUUGAAGGGGGAGCUGGAGGCUGAGGUGGGCUUUCUACAGUAUGCCGUUCGGAACCUACUCGGACUCCUGGCGUAUCAUUUGGACCAACUGGAUAUGGCCGAGGAGAUGUUCAGGGGUAUCUGUAAGGAGGACCCCGGUAACCUGAACUCGUGGGCCAACCUGGGCUACGUGUACGACCGGCUGGGGCGUGAGCUGGAGGCUGCAGAGUGUGUGGAGCAGGUGUCAUCGCUUAUGGGACUGGGGGGAGGCGAGCUGAGCCAGGCCGAGUCCAGGCUCCUGGCAGCACGCUGUCUCGCGGAGCAGGCCUAUGUUUUCCCCUACGACGUGGAGCUGGAAAAAGAAGAGGACCUGCGCCAGAGACUGUCCUCGGCGCUGGUGCUAUACAACAGAGCGCUGGACUAUGGAGGACAGCUGCUCCCAUUGGAGGAAAAGAGAAGCUGGUAUUUCAAAAUGGCCCUGAUCUACAUUCGGAUGGACAACAUAGUGAAGACCAAAGAGGACUCUGAGUACUGUAGACUUUCUCACUACAACAAAGGACUAAAACUUCUGAAAGAAACUUUGGAAUCAGACAGGCCUCAACACAAAGCUCUUGCCUGGUGUUACGUUGGCAUUAUGUUGGAGCGAAAAGACGAGUUUGUCACCAUUCCCAUGUCUGUGCACGACUGUGGAUAUUCAGCGACAGACCCUCUCACCUGCUACGCAACGGCGAUAAACCUGGCCAGUGACGAUGCCUUCAUUCUGAAUAUGUUGGCCAAAGUCUUCUUCCUGCUGGGCAAACAUGAGAUGGCCACAGGGAUCUGCAACAUGGCUCUGAACGUGCUGCCGGACCCCGAGCUCAACUGGCAGGCCUACUGUAGCCGUGCCAAGAUUAAUGUGAUUCAGUAUGUGAGAGAUCUGGAAAAGGCCAAGAGCGGAGAAGGAGGACUCCCGGAGCGAAUGAACUUGACCGCGGCCAGAAAAGACCUGGACAAAGUGCUGAGUGUGCGCCCCUGUCUGAGAACUCACCUGGAGAUGGCACAGGUUUACUAUUACAUGGGAGUGGAUGCUCUACAGGAGACCCUAUUGGUGGAUGAGGCUGCCGUGAACAACGCCCUGGUGAGCCUGUCUCAGGCCCUACAGUUCAAACAGGCAGACGCUCUGCCGGACCUGCACAUGCUGCGUGGCCGCUGCCUCCUGCUGAAGAACGAAGAGCAGAACGCUGUGAACUGCUUCCAACGUGCUCUGGAGCUAGAGCGCCCCGGCAGUUCUGACACCGCUGCUCUACACUGCCUCCUACAGGCCCUGCUGCUGCUCUUCAUACAGUCAAGCCAAGAAGAGCCCUGCACAGCCAUCACCCAGCUGGAGGCCUGCGUGAAGAGGGCCGAGGAGAGGUUCCCCCAAGACGCGGUGAAGGCUGAGCUCAAGCUGCUGUACAGGACUCACCCGGAGGAGGUGGCAGAGCUGGCCAGGGCCUUGAUCCAGACUGGACGGCUUGGGCUGGUGAGGAGGCUGCUGGAAACUGUGCUGCCCAAACAGAAGCCCAAGAGGAAGCCAGUUAUCAGAACGUACUCUCUGACGUGA